AUGCCGAUGGAAACUGUACGCCAGACAUGCCGGCCAAAGCACCAGAUACUGGUACUCAAGUGUUACCCUCAAUAUCAAAAAGGAGUUCAAGAGGUCAAGCCGAAUUCCAGCGAACUCUCAUACCUUCUUUACUACGUGAGCACGCGCCGCAGCAAGCUCCCCAAGGUCAGCGCUUUCCUAGAGAAAAGAGCCGCCCGAGAUGUCUGGCGCCGUAAAAUCGGAAAUGUCCAAGUCACACUUCAAAUACUGAGCGCGCUCAUUGAAAAGGUUCCCCGUGAUCUACCAAUAUUCGCGCGGUCUGUCUUGACCAUCAUCGAAACCGUACUUCGGUCUCGCGAUAUCUCUAUGGUAGAGGAUUCGAUUGCGACGUUUGAGACCUUCUGCCGACACCAAGACAUGGCUGCGCUAUCCGCUGAGCAGGAUUUUGCGAAUCAAUACCGGGAUGUUAUACAGAUAUACGCUGGCUUUGCUCAUGAAGAACAGCAACAUCCGUCGAAGAUCUCUAGCCUUCCGCAGACGAUACGGUGGAAGAAUGCAGGACUGCGAGCUAUCAAGGGAGCAGUCAGCUCUGAAGCUGGCUUGGCAGCAGAUGGCGGUGAUUUGCUGCGAAUAAUACUCCCCGUCAUUAUGGAAAAUCUGUACAAUGGGGAAGAUUCGUUUAUUGAGUCUCUUGAACACAAACUCCAUGAAGCGGAGCGGAAUGUGCCGGACCCUGCGUCUCGACGGAGGUAUAGCGCUGUUACCGUCCAAACCGUUGACACUGCGGAAGGGGAUCCGGCAUUGGCUGCCCAGAACAUUGCGGAUGUUGACAGGAAAGCUGAGUUAGACAUGAGGCUGCUUGCUCUUCGCUGUCUAGAUCAGGUCAUUGUCAACGGUAGCAGCCGUGGUCAGAUUCGCCUCACUACUAGACUCGUGCUCGAUUUCAUUUUGCGAAAAGGACAAUCGAAUAACACAUACUUGUCGCUGGAUACUGAUGAAAACAAUUGGGCUACGUCAUUGAUUGAAGUCGUAGCCAAAUGGUGUCCAGUUCAGGCUCGUUUCAUUAUCUCAAGUGCUGCUAUGGAAGUUCUGUUCGAGAUCCCACCGAAGGAAGACACACUUGACGAAGCAUUCACAGUCAUAUAUAUCAUUGACUACCUUUUGAAAUCCUCAGUGAAUAUGAUCGGACUUAGCGUGAUCGAUGUUCUGCUGGGAUUGAUGCGCUAUAUGGCAAUGUUAGUAUCACCAGCAUCGGCUAAAGGGACUGAUGAACAGCCUGACUCCAGCGAGAAGCCAGGCUACGACGACGGCACGAACCUAUCUCAGAAGAAGAAGGACCUGCUUGUACUCCUCCAAAAGUGCAUCGGUGAUCUUACUACGCAUAUCUACUACGGGGAUCAAGUUGUUGAUAUGCUCAGGGCAAUCUUAACUCGAAUCAAACCGCCGCAUGGUCAAGAUCAAGUUUCAGCAGUAAUACCUGAACAGCUAGACGGGCAUUUAUCGGAAGCAAACCCAACAUCUUUUUUCUCAACCAGUGCGAAAGUCUGUGCUCUCAGGGCUAUCAAAAACAUCCUACUAGUGGCUAAUUCUCAACGGCCUAUGACAUCAGCUGGUGUCGAAUCGCGAAACCCUGUUGGAAUCCACGUCUGGGAAGGAACCCACUGGCUCCUUCAAGAUCCGCAGAAGGAGGUCCGAUAUGCGUACGUUGAUGCACUCCUAUACUGGCUGAAAUUGGAGACGAAUAAAAACGACCUAAAGUUGAAGGAUCGAUCUACCACGACUGCUUUAAUAUCAGCGAGGCGUGAUUUCUCCAAUACUUCUGAGAGGGCUGCUAAACGUGCAACGGGAACUCAUCAUAGAGAGAAGGCCCUGGUCGUGGCUCAGUCUAACUUCCUCCGUCUACUGCAUUUGACAAUCUAUGACGUUGCUCUGCAGAGUUCAACACAAGAGAAGGAGAUCAGGAUACUCCAUUUACUUUUAGCCAGCCUCGUUGAGAACCUCGGCAUAAAUGCGGCUAGGUUUGGACUGCCAAUGAUCCUGAAGCUACAAGAUGACAUGACCACUUUAGAAAAUUCAAAUACACAAGCAGCUAAAGUUAAUAUUGGCAGCCUGGUGCAUGGAUACCUCUGGGUAUUGUCCGAGACUUUCGGCCUGGACACCCAUAGGGCCGGACAGGAGAUCUACACCGAAAUUGAGAAGCGCAAAUCCCGCAGCAUUUGGCUGGAUAGCAUUGGAUUCUCUUUGGAAAGCUUCGAAAGUAUCAUCAAGGAUGAUCGACAUGCUCUCAGCCAUAAUACUAGAGAGACGGAUAAAAUGACUCUUUUCAAAGAUGGCGUCGAGGAGUUUGUCCGUCGGAUCGAGGAGUCCUACAACCGGACCGUGCCUGCUCAUGAUCCGCCAACCUCCCCGGGGCGCAAUCUGGGGAAGCCGGUAAUAGGAGGAUAUCUACCACCCGCAAACCAACAACUAAGCGACCUUCUUCCACCAGUAGUUAGGGAACAAAUGUUGUCCCCCUGGUCCAAACAGAGCGCCUUGGAAGCUGCUGAGCGAGAGAAAGCUGAAGCUCUCUCUCUCAACGGUUCGAGGACAGGGACCUUACCUGUGCGUGGCCAUGCGCACGCCAAUGGUACCGGCAGUUCCAUCUCUACAAACUCACCUUCUACAGCCCAUGUUGCCACAGCGGGUCUUCAGACUUCUCGUCGCAUGAGUAUGCCGGACAAAACGGUGACACCAAACCAUAACUCGAGCAGAGACUCUCCUGUUCGCGUGAACGAGCUGAGGCGUGUUCUCUCUGUCCAGGCUCCCGAUAGGGACCGCCGACUAAGCCCAUUGCGGGGCCGGCUGGAUGCCUCUAAUGGCAGCAUCAUCUCUUCUAGUAGUGAGAGUAUGGUUAGCGGGUUCUCCAAUUCUGAGUUCGAAGGGGAUGGUGGGUCAAUCCUACUGCCCACGAGGGAUGGACAAGAGCCGCUUGAUGGCGAUGGUAUGGAAACACCGAGACCUCUGAGCAAUGGGAAUAACUACGGGUACCUACAAACCGCGUUUCGGGCUUCGUCCUCCUCCAUACCCCCAGUCCCACCAAUUCCGCAUGGCAUAUCUAUCCCGGGCGGGUUUCCCAACGACUCUCAGCGUUCGCUGCCUACACCUGACCGCCCUUCAACUGCUUCAUCACGCAAACAGAGCUUGAUCAACGGAAAGUUCGGCAUCGCAGCCCCUGCGGAUGACAAGACUCUGCAUAGGCAGAAAUCUCGGACUGGUGUCGGGUUAGUGAACGGCGCCGAAGUUCCUGAGGUAGCGAUCAACGGUAAAUCCACAGGAACUCACUCGUACGGCUUGCAGGAAGUAGAAGAGACUUCCCAGCGACGCGACGUACAGAAACUCUUAGAAGGAGUUUUAUCAUCAUCAGAACCAGCUUCUACUCUUCAACCGAGAGUUGCUUCCAACUACAGUGGCCGACGUAGUGUGACUGGUGGCAUUGGCCGCCCACCUUACUAGUCGACUUGUCUUUACCUUCUCUUUUACAUUUCAUUCCUUCCAACUGCAGCCUUUAAUGGCUCCUGACUACUUCAACCACAUCAUGUUCUUUUGUUUGGGACGCUUGCACAUAUUCUACCUGUUUCUCCGUCCUUGCCUAUUGGAAGGCUCGGUAUCCAUUCCUUCUGCACAUUGCACCCCUCUAGAUUUCCUUUUAUACUAUAUCCCUGU